GUCUCGGACCGCGGGCGCUACCGCCGUUAGUGCGCACGGACGCCGGCCGGGACGGGUUCGCCGACACAGCGAAGAGACGUGGUCGCAGUCAGAAUGCUGAGUGGAGCAGAAAUGGAACCAGAAACCCCGAAGCUCCUGAGAAAGCAGACCUCGCGCUUGCCUGUGAAGAGAGACCCCCCAGAGGCCAAGAAGUGCACCGUGAUUGGCGGCUCUGGCUUCCUGGGGCAGCACUUGGUGGAGCAGCUGCUGGCCCAGGGCUACACCGUCAAUGUGUUUGAUGUGCGUCAGAGCUUUGACAAUGCCCAAGUGCAGUUCUUCCUGGGAGACCUCUGCAACCGCCACCAUCUCUACCCGGCGCUGAAAGGGGUCAGCACGGUUUUCCACUGUGCAUCGCCCCCACCUUCCAGCAACAACAAGGAGCUCUUCUAUCGGGUGAAUUACCAGGGCACCAAGAACGUCAUUGACACUUGCAGAGAUGCUGGAGUUCAGAAACUCAUACUGACCAGCAGUGCCAGUGUCACCUUCGAGGGCGUGGAUAUCAAGAAUGGCACUGAGGACCUUCCUUACGCCACGAAACCCAUCGACUACUACACGGAGACAAAGAUCCUGCAGGAGCAGGUUGUCCUGGGUGCCAAUGAUCCCAAGAAGAAUUUCCUGACCGUGGCCAUCCGCCCUCAUGGCAUCUUCGGCCCCCGGGACCCACAGUUGGUGCCCAUCCUUGUCGAGGCGGCCAAGAAGGGCAAGAUGAAGUUUGUCAUCGGGAACGGCCAGAACUUGGUGGACUUCACCUUCGUGGAGAACGUGGUUCACGGGCACAUCCUGGCUGCCGAGCGCCUCUCCCAAGAUGUGACCCUGGGUGGCAAGGCGUAUCACAUCACCAACGACGAACCCAUCCCUUUCUGGGCCUUCCUGUCCCGCAUCCUGACGGGCCUCAACUACGACGCCCCCAAGUACCACAUUCCCUACUGGAUGGCUUACUACCUGGCCCUCCUGCUGUCGCUGCUGGUGCUCCUCAUCAGUCCCGUCGUCCAGCUGCGGCCCACCUUUACGCCCAUGCGGGUGGCGCUGGCCGGCACAUUCCACUACUACAGCUGCGAGCGAGCCAAGAAGGCCAUGGGCUACCGGCCCGUGGUCACGCUGGACGAAGCCGUGAGAAGGACUGUGCAGAGCUUCCGGCACCUGCAGAAGGCAGAGUGAGGGCCCGCCCGAGGCCCGCGGCCCUCCGUGCAUGUGCAGGGCCGCAGCAGCAGCCAGACCUGUGGACUUGGCUCUGGAGCCCGUAAAGCAGCAGC